CGGAGAUUCGCAUAUUGAAGGUUCCUCUCUCCCCUACUCAUUCUCACAGAAUUGUUUUUAUCAAGCGUUCGUCAUUCCGAAUGUUACUCUGUUUGUUGCGAUAAAGGUAUUUUCCGUUAUUGGUCCCUAUCCUAACUUCAGUUGUUUAACUGAGGGAGUUUGUCAUGGAUAUUUUUGCGAUAAAGGAGAGCUUUAUUUUUGCUCGGCUCUUCAUCAACUCCAUUGAACUUUUACAUUCAGCUAUCAUCUGCCGUUUGGGAUAACGUUGAGGAAUUUAAACUAUGUCCUUCACGUCAAGCUCAUCAGAAGGGGAAAAAAGUUUCUGCCCGUUCCUGGGAUCACCACACAGAGAAGAGGUGGGACGAGGAACACUGCUGGUUUUAACCUGGAUAUUAUCCAUCAACAACAGCUGCUGAUGUCCAUAUAAAAAGCAAUGAACUUCUGAGAAGGAAAAAAACAAAAGUUAAAAUUGGGUGGUCAUCGUUGUGGCUGGUCACUGAGAUUCUGAGAUAUGGCUUCUAGCCUAACGAGUGCGGGGGUGGUGUGGGCCCUGCUCUCCUUCCUGUGUGCGGCGGCCUCUUGCGUGGGUUUCUUCAUGCCCUACUGGCUCCUAGGGUCCCAGAUGGGUAAACCGGUCUCCUUCGGGACCUUCCGGAGGUGCUCGUACCCGGUGCGUGAUGAGGCUCGCCAGGCCACGGUGAUGCUGGAGCAGUGUGGACGCUACGCCUCGUUCCAGGGCAUCCCUAGUCUGGAAUGGAGGAUUUGUACGGUGAUAAUCGGGUUGGGCUGUGGCCUGUUGCUCCUGGUGGCACUCACAGCCCUCAUGGGAUUCUGCUUAUCUGAUCUCAUCUCCAGGACCAUUGGACGUGUGGCUGGGGGCAUCCAGUUUUUGGGGGCGUUGCUGAUUGGGUCGGGGUGUGCGCUCUACCCUUUAGGUUGGGACAGUGACGAAGUUCGACAGACCUGCAGCAAUAGGUCCAACCAGUUUGAGCUUGGUUCUUGUGAGAUUGGCUGGGCGUUCUACUGUACCGGAGCAGGGGCAUCAGCAGCCAUGAUGUUAUGCACCUGGAUGGCCUGCUUCGCUGGGAAGAGACAGAAGCAGUACCCCUACUGAUGUCAUCAAGGCGGGACAGCCACCGAGACCAGGAUGUUAUGCACCUGGAUGGCCUGCUUCGCUGGGAAGAGACAGAAGCAAUACCCCUACUGAUGUCAUCAAGGCGGGACAGCCACCGAGACCAGGAUGUUAUGCACCUGGAUGGUCUGCUUCGCUGGGAAGAGACAGAAGCAGUACACCUACUGAUGUCAUCAAGGCGGGACAGCCACAGACACCAUGAUGACCACCUCCCCCAACACCCGUCAUCAAUGGCAAUUGAAGAGACUCAGAGCAAAGGAUAAUAUCAGGGGGACAGUGUCUAUGGGCGCAUUCGACAUUGCAGUUGACUUUAAAGGCGAGUGGAGACUGAUCUACAAAUCACCAUCAUAAAUAACUACUCAAUAUUAUUUGUAGAUCAGUCAGUCACAAUUUACCCAUGGAACAUCACAAUUUUGAUGCUCUUGAACACAGCCUGUAUGCCAUAUGCUAGUUAUGCACUCUGUCAUCAUAAUUGAAGCAGAGCGGACUACCUUGUGGUGCAUUUGGUACUAAGGCAGAAAAUAAUAUAACACAACACAAUACAUUCGCAAUGACACUCCAUUGUCCAACAGAGCAUUUCAAAAGAGUGGAGUCUACAUACUUUGUAUUCAUUGACAGCAAGAACAACAUCUGUUUCUGUCUCUAUUUUCCUUGGGUUGUAUGGUUGCUUCUCUAUUCCUCCUCCUAUUCUAUUCUGUCAUGUCCCUGUACUAUAACUUUGUGGUAACUGGCACAACCAGUGGUAAAGAUAUAUUAAAUUACUAUACUUUUGAUAUUACUUUGUUAUUGUAUUUUACAUCCUGUAUUUAAUAAAUAUGUUAUGUACCCCCACAUUGCCCUAGUAUUGCCUUAAAGACCCGUAAAAAGCAAAUUCUCAUGGCGUCGAUAUGAGUCCGAAACAUUUAUUGUAGCGUCAAAAUGUACUACCAAGUGUAAAUUGGAUAAUUUUGGUCAUAAAGUCAGUCUUGUCCAAAAGGGAGAUUUGCAAGAUUAUAGGAAAGCUUGUAUGUCACAUAAUGAAGGGUACAGUAAGAGUUUUCCUUGGGUUGGGUUUAUUUAAAUUCUGCCCACAGCUGGCAGCACCCAAGUAAUCAUCAAUUUGGAGCGCAGCUGCACGCAACCUGAUGCAAUGUUCAAUUUGGUUUGACAUUCAAUAUCCCUAUGGGGCUGGUUAGGGACCAUCAGUAAAUGACACAAUGUACCUGGGACAAUAGUUUAAAAGGUCAAAAGCUCAAUUUCAAUGACUUAAAAAUCUCAAACCAACUAUAAAUUGGAGAAAUUCUAAAAAAGCUAAAAGAUGUGCAACAUGACAAUACGUUGUGUCAUUUAUUUGUCCCUAACUAGAGCCAGAGAGGCUAUCCAAUGUCAAACCAUGUCAAACAAACUUUGUCACACCAGUGAGCUGUAGCUAAUUGGUGAAAUAAGUUUGCUUGCACUAGCUAACCUAGACUUGAAGACUCGAGACCUGGUUGACUGUUUCAAGUUAUCUAGAAGGUUGAGUGACUGUGUACUGUUGUGGCAGAAUGAUUAUACACACAUGAGACACCCACAUUAAACCACCACUCCAAAACAACUCUUGUUUGGCUUCAGUCAUGACUGCUGCAUUUCUUAAUGUCCAAACCGAAUAACGAGGCCAAAAGUUCAGCACCCCUUUAAAUAUAUAAACCCUUACUGGUAUCUUGCAAUCAUUUUUAACUGUUAUCAUGUCAGUAACUAUUUACAGUAUAGCUAUAAAACAGGGAAUGUUGAAGUCCCUUAAUGUAUGUCUGUCAUAUGUUUGUGUUUUUGUGUGUGUAUGAUGUACAGUAUAUUGUAUUAUAUAGCAUUACAUUUGAAUGAAACAAUAGAUUUGACCCUGUAAAUAUAUCGUUACUUUAAAGUCUUAAUAAAUAUUCACAAACCUUUCAGAAGUGGAGAAGUUCUAAAGCUGUAGCUCCACUUAAUCUGAUUUGAAGCACUUGG